CUCGCUCUCUCUGAUCGCUCUAUGGCUCUGAGACUCGAUGUGCACAGAGAGGAGCAACAUGUCCGUCGUGAAGCUGCUGAGGGUGUCGGUGCAUGAGCGGAUCACUGCUGCCGCUGAACACUUUCUGCUGCAGGUGGAGAUAGGAGGAGGAGAGGCUCGAGUCCCGGCGCUGAGAGCGAUGCUCACCGAGCGGCUCACGGCAGCGGAGGAGGAGAUCCUCGCGGUGCUUGAGGACACCCUGGCAGAGUACGAGGACCGAGUGGAGCGGUCCGAGCGGGAGAUCUGCCGCCAGAGGAGGUUGCUCGAUGCCGUGAUGAAGCCCGUAGUCCAGCUGCACAGAGCAGUCUGUCUUGCAGACGUCCAGCAACUGAUGGUGAUUAAAGAAGAGGUUCCCCCUGAGCAGCAGCAGUGGAGCCCCCUUGUGGACCAGGAGGACCCAGAACCCCCCCACAUUAAAGAGGAACAGGAGGAACCGUGGACCACUCAGGAUGGACAGCAGCUUCAAGGACUGGAGGAGGCUGAUAUCAAGUUCACAUUGACUCCUGUCGAUGUGAAGAGUGAAGAAGAGAAACUUAAAUCGUCAAAGCUUCAUCCGAGUGAGACGAAGGAGUCCAGAGCGGACUGUGGAGGACCAGAACCAGCCAGGAACUCAGAUCCUGAUGGACGUUUACAACCAGGUCCUGAGGACAAGACUGAAGACUCUUCUGAGACUGAAGACAGUGAGGAUGAUUGGAUGGAGACCAGGGAACCUCAGACUGGUUUAAAUACAAGAAAUAACAAACAACCUCUAAGUGAUAUGGGAUGUAAGACAGAAGAAAAAUCGUUUAGUUGCUCUGAGUGUGGUAAAAGAUUUAACCAUAAGUGCAAUCUAGAAUCCCAUAUGAGGAUUCAUACAGGAGAGAAACCGUUUAGUUGCUCUGAGUGUAGUAAAAGAUUUAACCAGAGUGGCCAUCUAAAAUCACAUAUGAGGAUUCAUACGGGAGAGAAACUUUUUAGUUGCUCUGAGUGUAGUAAAAGAUUUAACCAAAAGGGAACUCUAAAUAGACACAUGAGGAUUCAUACAGGAGAGAAACCGUUUAGUUGCUCUGAGUGUGGCAAAAGAUUUAACCAUAAGUGCAGUCUUGAUAAACAUAUGACGAGUCAUAUAGGAGAGAAACCGUUUAGUUGAUCUGAGUGUGUUAAAGAUUUACGAUUCAGUCCUAUUGUACGAGACGUGAGGAUUCAUACAGGAGAGAAGUAAUUCAGUUGCAACCUUUGCAACAAAAGAUUUAUUAGGAUUUAUCAGCAGAUUUUUAACAGUUUUUAUGUCCCUAGAAAAUAUAACUCAUUGAAUAACACGAAAGAUUUGUGUUAAUAUAUCUUAUUUCUACAUAAUUUAUCUAUUUUUCAUAAUAUCCUUCAUGUCAUUUUAAGGUUAAAGUGUGUUCCUUGCACAGUAUGAAUGUGUAUUCUUAACUAGCUCAUAUGAUUAGAUAUGUUUGUUUUAAAACAAUGGUUUCUUGGUUCGCGCGGUUCAAUGACAGUUUUUGUUCUCCUUUAUGUAUUGAAUGUGUUUCCAAGAAUAAAAGUCUAAUAAAAAGAUAA